CCCUUUAAGAAAAUGCACUUGCAGCCAUUUUCUGCUCUUUGUGUGGGGUGGAUUAGCACUGGGCAGGUCCUGGUUGAAACUAGAGCAUCAGUCGGCACAGAAGACGAGAGGGGGGCGAAAAAAAGAACCGGAGAGAUAACGCUUCGAAGCCUGGGAAUCAGCGGAGCGACCGUCGCAGACUCCGCGACAGCGCCCUCCCGUCCCCGCCCGACUCCGGACGGACAUGCGAUUUACAGACCGGGGUGUUGUGUGAGUGACGCCUCGUUGCCAUGACGACCCACGUGACCCUGGAGGAUGCGCUGUCCAACGUGGACCUGCUGGAGGAGCUGCCCCUCCCGGACCAGCAGCCAUGUAUCGAACCCCCUCCCUCCUCCAUCAUGUACCAGGCCAAUUUCGACACCAACUUCGAAGACAGGAACGCGUUCGUGACUGGCAUCGCCCGCUAUAUAGAGCAAGCCACGGUCCACUCCAGCAUGAAUGAGAUGCUGGAGGAAGGACAUGAGUAUGCUGUGAUGCUUUACACCUGGAGAAGCUGCUCCAGAGCUAUUCCUCAGGUGAAAUGCAACGAGCAACCCAACAGAGUGGAAAUCUACGAGAAAACAGUGGAGGUGCUGGAACCUGAGGUGACCAAGCUCAUGAAGUUCAUGUACUUCCAGCGGAAGGCAAUAGAACGAUUCUGCGGCGAAGUGAAGCGUCUGUGCCACGCCGAGAGGAGGAAGGACUUUGUGUCCGAGGCGUACCUGCUCACUCUGGGCAAGUUCAUCAACAUGUUCGCCGUGCUGGACGAACUGAAGAACAUGAAGUGCAGCGUCAAGAAUGACCACUCCGCCUACAAAAGGGCAGCUCAGUUCCUGAGGAAGAUGGCCGACCCUCAGUCCAUCCAGGAGUCCCAGAAUCUCUCCAUGUUUUUAGCCAACCACAACAGGAUCACUCAGUGUCUGCACCAACAGCUGGAGGUGAUCCCUGGCUACGAGGAACUCUUGGCCGACAUCGUCAACAUCUGCGUCGACUAUUAUGAGAACAAGAUGUAUUUGACGCCGAGCGAGAAACACAUGCUGCUCAAGGUGAUGGGCUUUGGUCUGUACUUGAUGGAUGGAAACGUGAGUAACAUCUACAAGCUCGAUGCCAAAAAGAGGAUCAACCUGAGCAAGAUUGACAAGUUCUUCAAACUUCAAGUGGUGCCGCUGUUCGGAGACAUGCAGAUCGAGCUGUCGCGCUACAUCGAGACUAGUGCCCACUACGAAGAAAACAAGUCCAAGUGGACGUGCACCCAGAGCAGCAUCUCACCGCAGUACAACCUGUGCGAGCAGAUGGUGCAGAUCAGGGAGGACCACAUCCGCUUCAUCUCGGAGCUGGCGCGCUACAGCAACAGCGAGGUGGUGACGGGCUCGGGCCUGGACAGCCAGAAGUCCGACGAGGAGUACAGGGAGCUGUUCGACCUGGCUCUGAGGGGACUGCAGCUGCUGUCCAAGUGGAGCACGCACGUCAUGGAAGUGUACUCGUGGAAACUGGUCCAUCCCACCGAUAAGUUCUGUAACAAGGACUGUCCAGGCACAGCGGAGGAGUACGAGCGGGCCACGCGUUACAACUACACGAGUGAGGAGAAAUUUGCUCUGGUGGAGGUCAUUGCCAUGAUCAAAGGGUUGCAGGUUCUGAUGGGCCGAAUGGAGUCGGUGUUUAACCAGGCCAUCAGGAACACCAUCUACGCAGCGCUGCAGGACUUUGCCCAGAUGACCCUUCGAGAGCCUCUGCGCCAGGCUGUUCGCAAGAAGAAGAACGUCCUCAUCAGUGUGCUGCAGGCCAUUCGAAAGACCGUCUGUGACUGGGAGGGGGCGAGGGAGCCCCCGAACGACCCCUGUCUGAGGGGAGAGAAGGAUCCCAAAGGUGGAUUUGACAUCAAAGUGCCCCGCAGGGCUGUAGGACCCUCCAGCACACAGCUGUACAUGGUGCGCACCAUGCUGGAGUCACUGAUAGCAGAUAAGAGUGGCUCGAAGAAGACCCUCCGCAGCAGUCUGGAUGGACCCAUAGUGGUGGCCAUAGAAGACUUCCACAAACACUCCUUCUUCUUCACGCACCUGCUCAACUUCAGCGAGGCCCUGCAGCAGUGCUGUGACCUGUCCCAGCUGUGGUUCAGAGAGUUCUUCCUGGAGCUGACCAUGGGCCGCAGAAUCCAGUUCCCCAUUGAGAUGUCCAUGCCCUGGAUCCUCACCGACCACAUCCUGGAAACCAAGGAGCCCUCCAUGAUGGAAUAUGUGCUGUAUCCCCUAGACCUGUACAACGAUAGCGGAUACUACGCUCUCACCAAGUUCAAGAAGCAGUUCCUUUAUGAUGAAAUCGAAGCUGAGGUAAACCUCUGCUUUGAUCAGUUUGUCUACAAGUUAGCAGACCAGAUAUUCGCCUACUACAAAGCAAUGGCUGGGAGUGUCCUCCUAGACAAGCGCUUCAGAGCAGAGUGUAAAAACUACGGCGUGAUCAUCCCGUACCCUCCGUCAAACCGCUACGAGACGCUGCUCAAACAGAGACACGUACAGCUGCUCGGUCGCUCCAUCGACCUGAACCGCCUGAUCACCCAGAGGAUCUCCGCAGCGAUGUACAAGUCCCUGGACCACGCAAUCAGCCGCUUUGAGAGCGAGGACCUCACUUCCAUAGUGGAGCUGGAGUGGCUGCUGGAGAUCAACAGACUAACCCACCGGCUGCUGUGCAAGCACAUGACCCUGGACAGCUUCGACGCCAUGUUCCGCGAGGCCAACCACAACGUGUCCGCCCCCUACGGGCGAAUCACGCUCCACGUCUUCUGGGAGCUGAACUUCGAUUUUCUCCCCAACUACUGCUACAACGGAUCCACCAACCGCUUCGUACGUACAGCCAUUCCUUUCACCCAGGAGCCGCAACGAGACAAACCAGCCAAUGUGCAGCCUUAUUACCUGUACGGGUCCAAGCCUCUGAACAUUGCCUACUCCCACAUAUACAGCUCCUACAGAAACUUUGUUGGCCCGCCCCACUUCAAGACCAUCUGCCGUCUCCUUGGUUACCAAGGCAUUGCUGUCGUGAUGGAAGAGCUCCUCAAGAUUGUCAAGAGCCUGUUGCAGGGCACCAUCCUGCAGUACGUGAAAACACUGAUCGAAGUCAUGCCCAAGAUCUGCCGCCUGCCGCGCCACGAGUACGGCUCCCCAGGGAUCCUGGAGUUCUUUCACCAUCAGCUCAAGGAUAUCAUUGAGUAUGCUGAGCUGAAGACGGAUGUCUUCCAGAGUUUAAGGGAGGUGGGGAACGCCAUCCUCUUCUGCCUCCUCAUCGAGCAAGCUCUGUCCCAGGAGGAAGUAUGUGAUCUGCUUCAUGCCGCCCCCUUCCAGAAUAUUCUGCCCAGAGUUUACAUCAAAGAGGGAGAGCGUCUGGAAGUGAGGAUGAAAAGGCUGGAAGCAAAGUACGCCCCUCUCCACCUUGUGCCUCUGAUUGAGAGGUUGGGAACCCCACAACAAAUUGCCAUUGCCCGUGAGGGAGACCUGCUGACCAAAGAACGCCUGUGCUGUGGCCUUUCCAUGUUCGAGGUCAUCCUGACGCGCAUCCGCAGUUUCCUGCAGGACGGGGUGUGGCGCGGGCCCCCACCCACCAACGGUGUGAUGCAUGUUGACGAGUGCAUGGAGUUCCACCGCCUGUGGAGCGCCAUGCAGUUUGUCUACUGCAUCCCGGUGGGCACGCACGAGUUCACAGCAGAGCAGUGCUUUGGGGAUGGGCUGAACUGGGCCGGCUGUGCCAUCAUCGUGCUGUUGGGACAGCAGCGUCGCUUUGACCUCUUCGAUUUCUGCUACCACCUGCUCAAAGUCCAAAGACAGGACGGAAAGGAUGAGAUCAUCAAAAAUGUGCCCCUGAAGAAGAUGGCAGACCGCAUUAGGAAGUACCAGAUCCUCAACAAUGAGAUCUUUGCCAUCCUCAACAAGUACAUGAAGGCUGUGGAGACGGACAGUUCCACUGUGGAGCACGUCCGCUGUUUCCAGCCUCCUAUACACCAAUCCCUGGCGACCACCUGUUGAAAAAAGACCCCUCACACAUAGCACACACACACACACAUGUGCGCACACACACACACACACACACACAUAGCUGUGAUACUAAUUUUCUGCCUCUUGCUGGUUUUGUAGAGGAAUAGUUUCCUGCGAUGGCUCUCCACGGGCUGAACGAAUCCAAAGACAGACAGUCUCAAACUUUUUCCUCUCUCUCAACUGUGACUGUCUUUGGAUUCUUUAGACCUAUAUGAGUAGUCCAGACCAGAGGUGGAAGUGUAUAUUCACACCUUUUUCUUUUUUUAAUUCAUUUUUACUGUCUGUGUGACUCUCACUCAGAUUCAUGCAUGCCUUCUCUUAUUCCCUCUGCUGCACACCCGUGGGUAAGACCACCGACACAAAUGACAAAAGAGUAUGUCUACCUUACAAGCUGAGGCCCUCCACGCGUUUGAAAUAACAGUCAUUCUGAGUCCAAAACACCCCUGAGACUUUGCGAAUCAAGAGCUGGAAUUAAAUAAAAUAACCUUGUUUAAAUAAAGUACUAAAUAUUACGACAGAUGACUACUUUUCUAAGUUAUAUAAAGUUAUUUUAAGUGCAACUUGGUGCUCUUACGUGUUACUACAGCUACUAACAGUACUAGCACAGGCACCUGUACACCUGUGCUAUCAUUGUGUGUGCCCUCUAUAUGAACUGGCCAUACCGCACUCAUUGUGUAAUUAUCCGAUCUGCCAGUUUCCUGAUAUAUAGUGUCUGUCAUGGUGCAUUUUCUUCUUCGUGACUUCUUCUACACCUGCUUGCUUUCAAAGGAAUGAAGGUGAAACACAUUUUUUUUGACUGCUUUUAUUCGUCUCACCCUCCAGUCUGGUUUUCUUUUUUUUCUUUUUUACUUGGUACCAGUUCCACUGUAAAUUUCACUGUUGAAACAAAGUGAAGUGAUGAGUGUUGUAAUUGUUUUUGUUUUUAAUUAUUAAUAUUUUAAUUUACACACCCUUGGUGUACUUGCCUCUCUACUACUGACUGGAAACCUCAUCCUCUGUUAAUCUUUUUUUGUCUGUUGGAAAGAUUUUUAUAUUCUGUACAUGCAUAUUAUUUACAGUUCAGAAAAGGAAUCUUCAUCUGGGCAAAUGUGUUUGCUUUUUCAGGAGUUAAAAAAAAAAGACAAAACAAAAGAAACAAGACUAGAAGAUACCUCUAGGUUGUAUAAAGACAGUGCUGUACUAGAUGAACCUGUUUUGAGUGUGAAUGGAUGAUGUCGGUCUAGCAGACCUAUGACACAUAAACUCUGCACAUAAAGGAACAAAAAGAACUAAAGUGUCAGUUAUAAUUAAAGGGCAGUUUCCUACAUAUAGUCAGUAUUUACUAUUGAUGGAUUUUUGCUUUAGACAUAGCAAUGUUAUUACAAUAUGCAAACACUGUCCCUAUUCUUUUUCAUAUGAAGGGAAACAAAGGAAUUAUGAAUAAGUAACCAUUCCCCCAAACACCCCUGUGAUCUUUUUUUCUGUUCCAUUUUAAAUGAAGAAAGUUUCUUUUGUAACUCCAGUGUCUUUUUAUCAUAUUUAUUUAACUCCGACUUCUUGUUCAUUUAAAGGUAAAUCUCGUAAAAAUGGAGGUACCAAUGUGACAUCUCGAAACCUUAGCAUGGCAAGUGUAAUUUAUCGUCAUCAAUGGCUCCAUUUGUGACAUGAGGCUAUGUUUAUGAUAUUGUUGUACAAGUGACCAUGUUUUCAAGUAUAAAAAAACAAACAAAGAAAAGAGUUUAAAAAAGUACAACAAUGGUCCUGCAAAGGAGUUGAAAUUAUGUUGUAUUUCCAAGAAAUAAAAAAAAAAUGUUUAACUGAAAAAAAAAACAGAAAGAAAAAAUGAAUGAAGUUGUACUUCUGGUAUUGGUUUUCAGUGGGUUCUACCUUUAAGUGCAGUAUUAAAGUUGUCAACAGA